GGCUCCAGGCUGGGCUAGCAGGCCGAGGCGGGGAAGGGGACGCAACGCGCGGAAUCUCGACUGGAGGCGGCAGCCACAGAUAGGCGAGCCCGUCCCGUCUGUGCGUCCGCCUGACUGCGCCAUGGAACCUGAGCCUGUGGAAGAAUGUGUCCAGAGCACACUGGCUGCCUUGUACCCUCCUUUCGAAGCCACAGCCCCUACCCUUCUGAGUCAGGUCUUCGAAGUGCUGGAGCGGACGUACCAACACGAUGCACUGCGCUACACCCUUGACUUCCUUGUUCCUGCCAAGCACAUCUUGGCUCGCAUCCAGAGUGAAGCCUGUGCUCAGUAUAGUGGCUUUGUCUUUUGCCAUGAAGGUUGGCCCCUGUGCCUUCAUGAAAAAGUCCUUGUCCAGCUGGGCUCCUUGCCAUGGCAACAUUUGUGUCCCGGGGAUUUCUACUUGCAAGUGGUGCCUCACCGGGAAUGUGCUCCCCGCCUAGUCCUGAAAUGCCUCUCGCUGGAGGGCCGGGGAGUUCAGGAGUUGCCUGUGUCUCCGGACUCCUAUCGAUUCCUGUUUACCAUUGAAUGGCUUAAUGGCAUCAACAAAGAACGUAGGGUAGGGCGCCUGGAACGCUGCUUGUUGGCAGCUGGAGAAAAAGUGCUGAGCUUGCCCUGGGCUGAGCUUGUGUACCCUCAGUUUGUGCACAAAGAUGGAUUUAUUGUGGGGCAGCACUGCCCUACGGAUUUGACUCCUGAGGUACUGGGAGCAAGGAGUCCUGGUGACGGACGCCAUUCUGGCGGAGAGAACCGGGAAUCUGAGGGGGAAUACGUUCACCUCUUGGAGGUCAGCCCCACCUUGCAUCAAACACCCAGAAUCCUGCAACCUUGCAGUGCCCAGAUUCAGACAAUGCCUGCUCGCAAGGGACAUAACAAAAAUAGGAACCGGCGCCACCGAGCCUGGCUCCAUCAUAAGUCAGGCUGCGGGGAGAACUUUGCUUUGCGACAGGCUUGCAAAACUGAGGAGGCAGAGAAGUCUAGCCAAGAGAAGGGAAUCCAGGAUGAGAAGGUAACUCAGCUGAGACCAAACCCUAGCCCAGCUUUAGACCCAGUUUUAGAAACUCCCAGAACAGUUGGGAACUUGAAUCCUAAGCAACUGGAGGAAACCCUAGAUCCCCUUGAAACAAAACCACCACCCAUUCUGAGUAGUAGCGAUGGCAUUGCUGAAGACACAGUUCUAGGGAAAGAGGAAUUGCUUGAAUCCAUUCCCCAAGAUCCAACUCCUCCUAAGGAAGACAGCAAGGAAAGCCAUGCUCCAGCUUUAGCAACCCCAAAACGUACCACCAAGGGAAACCGGAGAAAAAAGAAAGGUGCUGGGAAAGGAGCUGGUGGUCGGAUUAAACAGGGGACAGAUUCUGCUAACCAAGAAACAGAAAGUUCUGAUCUUAAAAUGGGUGCUGAAAAAGAGGAGGCCUGCACUGGUCCAGGAGAACAGGAUUCUGAGACUGGAAGUGUUUAUGUUAGUACCAGAGAUCCAGACAGCAUCAAAGUAUCAUGUGUUGAUAUCACGGAGUGUGAUGACACUCAAGAAAAAGAUAGAAUCACAGGAAACCAAAGCCUUGAAACUCAAGGGGAGGGAGCCAACAAUAAGGACUUGACUGUCACCACUGGAGACUGUAUUGCUGGUGCUACUGAGCCAGAAGACAGCACAGGAAAAUGUACCAUUGAUGACAAUGAAGGCAGCUCUGGAGAAAGAAAUAUGGAAGGCCCAAAACUUAACACUGAAGAGCCAAAUGCUAAGCCCAUGACUAGUGAACCAAGAAUUGAUAGUGAGGAGGUGAACAUCCAAGAAAAAGAAGCUGACAUUUCUGAAGACCAAUGUAUGGUGGAACAGGAUCUCAACAGCAAAGAACCAGGGCUUACUGACUUGCCAAAGAAGAAUGAACCAGCAAGUGUUGAUGGGAAAGAAGAGGCCGUAGACAUAGCAGCUGAUCAGGGUCCUAGGGAAGUACAAAAUUCUGUUUUACCCACGGUGGCUCGUCUUGGGGAAUCUGUAAACUGGAAUCUUCUUCAAUCAGGAGUUUUUGCUCUGACAGGAGGAAUAGACAAGGCUGGCCAUUCCUUGCUGACCAUAGUGCCCCAGCCUCUUCAGGAUGAGUUGCCUCCAGGACAAGAGGAUCUGGUUAAUACCUUAAGAUACAUGCACUCACUUCUCAGGCAAGAGCUCAAGAUUCUUGGACUGACAAUGCUGUUGGACCUAAGCCAUGUGGAUGACUGGGCCUUCCAGGCCCCCGUAUUGCUGCCAGCUUUAAGAGCAUUCCAGGAGACUGCACCAACUCCCAUCAGUCAGCUGCUGGUGAUCUUACCUUCUGAUGAUCGUUUUGUACCCCAUGAAGAAGAAUUGACCUUAGAACCUGUUGUGGAAAUCCGGCUUCUUUUGCUGCAUGAACUUCCACAUUAUGUAGCCUUGGAUCAGUUGACCCCAGCACUAGGUGGGACUCUGAGCUACUCACCACCCAAAUGGGUUAGAGAACAUCAGGCUCUUGAACAACUACAAGAUCUCUGUUGUGCUGUUCUCCAGACUGUGUGUGAAGCCAGUGACCACCUCAACACAGUGGGAACAGCAUCAAAUCAGGAGGAACUUUCAGCUCAAAUCACCUUGCAUCAGGACACUAUGCAGAAAUUGCUUUCAGAGCCUCGUUUACUGGAGCUUCAGUGCCGUGGAGGCUCUUUGCUAGCACGGCUACCUCCAUUAGGACCCUGCAGUAUGCAAGCUAUGGAUGCCACAAGACUGUAUCAAGAGGUGGAUGAAGCCCUUCAUGGACUUGUCCAACUCAGCAACCGGUGUCUUGAGUUAUUGCAGCAGGAGAAGAAGAACAUACAGGUUCAGCAGGAAGGCAAAACAUGCCUUCAGUCUGGUGAUAGCAGUGUAGAAAAGAAGAGAGAGGGUGAGAGACCAGCUGAGGGACUAGCUGAAGGAACAUCCUUGGAGAAAAAACUAUUACAAAACCCUAGAUCUUCAGGGAAGUCACAGGUCACGCCUGAAGACAGUUCUGUUCCCCGAGCCCGAGCCCGUGCAUGCAGCAUCAGUGCUGCUGCUGCUUCUUCUUCAUCAAAGCAUGGCUUGUUGCUUGGGUCCAAGUUUGGUUCCUCUUGCAGUUUAACUUCUCUCUUCCAGCCACUUACCAGCCCCAAAGGCUCCCCCUUUUGUUCUCCUGCCCGAAGCAAUGCCCUAGACAGCAAGAAGAAAAGCCAGGGGCCCCUCAUCAUUUCCAAAAAACCUGCAUCUCCAGCUAAUAACCUGGCAUUACGAGCCUUGAGUGAUCCGGGUCGCCCUAGUGUGCAUAUACGUGGUCUGGAAGUAAGCAGCCGGGAACUGGCAGACAGGAGCUGUUCCCCCCGUGAACAUGUGCUGUUGGGACGCAGCAGAACUCAUGUUGCUGAAGCACCUUGGGGGGCCACACCUCGCAUGGAAAGAAGGCGUUGCCUUGGGGUCCAACAGCAGCUUUUGGUUGAGCUGCUGGAGUGCGAGCGGGAGUACGUGGGUGCCCUUACCCAGCCCCUUUCUCUGUCUCAGGAGCCUGGGGGACAGGCUUGGACAGCUGAGUUAAGAUGCCUGGGCGGUGCCCUCCGGGCCACACGGGACCGGCUCCUGGCCUUCCAUUCCAGCUGCCUCCUGAGCGAGUUGGAGGGGUGCAUGAGCCACCCAUCACGCAUUGGCAGCUGCUUCCUGCGCCACAGAGAAGAGCUGCAACUGUAUGCAACCUAUGCCAAAGAUCACCACAAGUUCCAGGCUGCCCUGGCUUUGCUUCGAAGCACUGGCAAGAAAGGUCUGAUGGAGCCACGUGAGGAUGGACAAAUAGCAUACACUUUACAGGUGCCUCUGGAGCAACUGGAGCGGUACCGGCGCUUCCUGGGUGAACUUCUACAUGAAUGUGAGCUCGAGCAGGGGCCUGACCGCCAAGCCCUACAGGAGGCCCAGCAACUGUUGGAGGCACAGGAGCAGCGAGGCAGAGACUUACUGGCCAUAGAGCAUAUCCGAGGUUGCGAGAUAAAACUGUCAGAACAAGGGACAUUGCUUCAGCGUGGUGAACUCAUUCUGUUGUCUGGACGCCGUAAAUGCCAGCGGCAUGUUUUCCUAUUUGAGCAGUUGCUACUCUUUACCAAAUGUAAAGGAACUGAGGGUGGCUAUGUCUGCAAACAGGCCUUGCAGACUGCUUCCAUGGGUUUGACUGAGAGCGUGGGUUCUAGUGGGUUACGUUUUGAGCUUUGGUUCGGAAGGGGAUCAUCCCGGCAGGCCUAUACAUUGCAAGCAGCCUCUGCUGAAGUCAAGCAUCAGUGGACAAAUAUUAUAGCCCAACUGCUCUGGAGACAAGCUGCCCAGCCAAGUGUCUCAAUGAGCUUGUCCUCCUGCCCUUCUCAGCGCUUAGCUCCUCUGGGUCUUGGCCCUGGUCCCCCUCCUGGUUUGUCACUCCCUGGCCACUUUGAGGAAGAGGAAUGGGACUUAGAUGUCAAGCCCAUCCCAAGAGCUCACACCUCUGGGUCAGAGGGAGCCUCCCCAAGCCACCAUGAACCACUUAGGCAGGGGAGAAGUUCAUUGCCUGGCAGCAGUUCUGCUUUAGGACACCAUCAGUCGCGUUGGGUGUGGAGCCUGCAUCGGAAACUCUUUUCUUCGGGAAGCCAUGGACGGCAAGAUUCAGUUCCUAGGGACUCUGGGAACAGGACAGUUUGAGAUCCUUGCAAAAACUUGGGAAUUGGGACACAAAUGGAUGGUCAUAUUCAACAAUAUCGUGACUUGCUCCUACCCAUUUCCUGACGGCUCUGCUAACACUCCACAGAAGCAUCUAGAUUGGUUAUAUCCUACUGUGGGAUUUCCAUGUCCUGCCUGAUUACUACUCAUUGAGUGCCUUUUCUGCCAUUUUCUUGGAUUGUGAAUUUCCUGGAGUGUUUUGGUCAAGCUCACACUUAAAAGAGGCUAUCAAGCAAGGAAGCUCAACCAAGAAACUCCCAGGUUCACCUAAAUUAAAAGUUGCUGGGAAAGAGGGAACUUGGUGGGUUGAAUCAUCUUCUAUUGAGGAUCAAAUGUGGUAACACCCAGAGUGUAUGGAUCUGUGCAUUUAUUGGUUGUCCUAUCUCUAGUCACAGUUUCAGUCUUAAGAUUGAUUUUUUGCUCUCUUCAGUGGGUGUUGAAGGAAAGAAUCUAGGCUGCAGUUGUUAGGCAACUACAGCAUCCAUUUCCUGAAAUUUCUCCAAGGUAAUUCUAAAGUAAAAGGAAGAAAGAGGGCAUUUGGGCUACAUAGAGGGGUAUGUGAUUACCAUAUAUAGAAGUACCCCCUUCUAAAAUAGGAUCAAAUAUCUUUAGCUGAGUUACUCAAGAUCAGACGAGUAAUACAACAGUAUGAGAAUGAUGUACAGUAUGCACAAUGCCAUAGACCGUUACAAGACAACACUUUUUCUGGGACUGUGCCACUUUAGAUUGCAAAGGAGGUGCUUGUCAAUUUAAUAUUGGGAUUUUUUAUUUUGCAUCUUAUUUUGUAGAGUAACAGGCAUGUCAAGGAGACUUAAGAUAUGUUAGUUAUCUAUUUUAUGUUAAUAUUUCUAUGCAGGGAGUUUUGAUGAACAGUACUUGGUUAAUGCUAAACCCCCUACAUUCUUGCAGUUUGAAGAAACAUAAGAAUCAUUGUUCCAUGAUUAUCUUGAGCAUAAGGAAGAGAUGCUGGAACUGCAAAUAUACAUCUUUUAUUUUCAAGAUUAUUUUUGAGAUGAUUAAAUAAUAUAACCAACCAAUCAAUUUCCAUGUGAAAAUAUAUUGCAGUGUGAGUGAAAAUAUCAAAGACUGGAGAGAGGGAUGUUUGCUUUUCCCUGUAGCAUAAAGUUGGCUUACUUGUUUGGUUUUUUUACAUGCAGUUUUCUGUAAUUCUAAUUGGGGGAAAUAAUCUAUAAAGAAGUACAAAUGGUGCUAUAUUUAGAAUUGAUCAAGAGUUUCUAAUUUUUGAGGGGGGGGGGAAGCAAUGUGACUGUACUACUGGAUACAGGUAUUUUUUUUUCUUAUUUGGUAAGUUGAGUUAUUUGGCAUUUGUCUCUUUUUAUAUAUCCUGUAAGAAUUUGAUAUAGGACUUUCUUUUAUGCGCACAUAGAAAAAGUGAUACUGAGGUGGAACCAUAUUAAGAUUCUUGCACUUGUCCCAAUGAUUUUCAAAGGGCAGUUCAAUAUUGGUCAUAUCUAUUGUGGUAUUAUUCUUUCAAAAGCAAACAAAUUGUAAGAAGAUGCAAGAAGUAAUGUAGAAUAUACAUUCGUAACUUUGGUAUAAUGCACUGAGACUGAACAGUAUUAGUAGACAUUUGAGUACUGCCAUAAAAGCCACUAAAUAUAUUGUGCCAUGACUUCUCUUCUACAUUUUUAAAAUACUGAGUUCCCCCGACUGAAAGGAUUGCAAUACGGACCUGUAAUAAUUUCCCCCUUUUUUGGAGCAGAAGUAUUUUUGUUUAUAAUCACUUUUGGAUGGGCCUGCUGCUCAUUUGUUUGACCAGCAUAAAUUAUGGUGCUGAAAACUUACUUAAACCUUAUUAAAGAGGCAUCAAUGAAGUUUAAUUAUCACCAUGCUGUCCAUAAAGAUGUAAGAUAUAUCAGAACUAUGCAACUUGAAGAAGCAACUAGAUGGGAUGCUUAAAACUCUGCCAACUGAUUGGUGAGACACAUACAAACUGUGUCUUGAAAACUGUUUAUAUCUUCUUGUAUAUUAUUUUAGUAUGUAGUUUCUUCUUCAAAGGGCCACAUUAGGAUUACCCCAGUUGCAUUCAUAACUUUUUGUUUUAAAUUGCAGAUCUAGCUGACCAUAGUAAGUUAAGCUAAUUCAGAUCUAGUUAGGGAACCUGGAAGGGAUUACCAGGAAAUGUUAGGGAUACAAGUUUCUGGGUUAGGGAAGUCAAGUUUCUGGAAGACCAUGGCAAAUCACUUGUGUUGUUGCCCUGCUCAAAGCCCUAAACAGACAGGUCUAGUAAGUAAAUAGGAAACAAGGCAUCUUUUUAUUGUAUAUGCACACCUAGUCAAUAGAGCCAACAUGAAGGAGGUUUACUUUUUUCAUGAAUUGUAGUCUCAGUGAAAAACAUCUAUUUCUCAACUCUAUAUAGAGAAAAAGUUUCUCCAGGUAGCAAUUGGAACUGUUUCCCUUCUGGCUGUUUGUCUUUCCCUGUGUAAUUUAGUCCCAGUGACUCUCUUCCCCCAUGCCUCCUGCUAGUAUUAAAAUACAAACAGUAUUUGGGUUAUUAAUAUACAAUUAAGAGUAAUGCCUAUUUUGAAUUUUUGAGUAACUCCAGUGGUGGAAGUGAUUGAUAGUGAAUACGGGACAGGAUUCAGUAUUCUUACCCCGGAUUUCUUUUUGCUGCUAAAAUCAGAUGACGUUCUCUCCCUCUGUCAUAUUUGGGCCACUCCAUGCUUAAGUGGAGGGAACUGCAGCAUAUAAUUGAGAAUAUUCCUGCUCCCCCUCCUCUAAAUAAUGCCUAAACAAAAUGGGAAACUGAGAAAUAAGGUUUUGUUGGGAGUAAAGAACUUUUUAACAUCCAGUCAUUAGUAUGUAUUUAGCCCAGAUUUUUGUGGCAUCUACAGCUUUAUACAUAUACUGGUUUCAAAUUCUACAUUAUAUUUCAGUGCUACAUACCGAGCAACAAAUAAGAUGGGGACUCAUUUGAUGAAGAUUGUGAUUGCUUUGUGGGCUGUAAAGAUGGGGAAUCCUUUUAAUUCUGCUGGUUUUGAAAAAUCAGAAUGGAUAAAUCAACAUUGGAAUGGAAUGUUCAGCAUUUCCAGGCCCAAUUUUCAUGGGAAAAUAAAA